AUGGUCCGAGGGGGGAAGCCCGCCCCGCAAGUCGCCGCCCCGCGGCGCCGCUCGGCGGCCCUGGCUGAGCCCUCGGAGACCAAGACGGCAUUCACCGGCCGACCCCGCGCCCGAACUUCCAGCCGGACAAGCCCGGCGACACUUCCACGCCCUCAGGAAGGGGCGAGUGGAGAGAGGGCGCGCCUCAGGCCUCGCGCGGGAGCCUCUGGGAACUCGGCGGCAGAGAGGGGUGGGCGCGGGGCGCGGAACUGGCGGGCUCAGGCCGCGGCGGGGCCAGCCUCCCGGGUCUCCCAGCGUCGGCCGGCCCCGGGUCUCCAUGGCAACCGGGAGCUGGGGGCGGGAGGUGCGCUGCGCGCAGCAGGUUCCCGCGGGAUUUGGCUGGCGCUGCUCUCUCCGCGAGAGUUGCUCUUCUCCCGAGGCCUGGACGCCGGUUUCCGCCCCCCUCACGCGGUGUGCCCGCCGGGACGCCCGUUUCCGCCCUCCUCGCGCGGUGUGCCCGCCGGGACGCGGUUCCCCCCUGAAGCCAGGCUGCUGGUUACUGCGGAGCUGGCCGAGGCUCAGGGAAGCUCAAUGGAGUUCGAGGCAGCCCUGGUGGACCUCCGGCUGCCCUGGUGGACCUCCAGCUGCCCUGGUGGACCUCCAGCUGCCCAGGUGGACCUUCAGCUGCCCAGGUGGACCUCCAGCUGCCCAGGUGGACCUCCAGCUGCCCUGGUGAACCUCCAGCUGCCCAGGUGCACCUCCAGCUGCCCAGGUGCACCUCCAGCUGCCCAGGUGGACCUCCAGCUGCCCAAGUGGACCUCCGCUGCUCAGGUGGACCUCCAGUAGUCCAGCUGUCCCAUCUUCCUGGAGCACUUGAAAGACCCAGUGCCCAUCAGCCGUGGGCACAACUUCUGUCACUCCUGCCUCAGUGUGUCCUGGCAGGAUCUAGAUGAUGCCUUUCCCUGUCCUGUCUGCCAUUUUAGCUUUCCAUACGGGAACUUCAGGAGGAACCCUCAGCUUCAUGAUUUGACUGAAAUAGCUAAGCUGCUGUAGGUCAGAAGGAGCAAGAGGAAGAGGCAGAAUGAGCAUGCCGUGUGUGAAAAGCACAAUCCGUUUCUGACCGUUUUCUGUCUGAAGGACCUGGAGAUCUUAUGUACAUAGUGCAGUUUCUCCACCGAACACCGGAAGCACUACAUUAGCCCCAUGGACGAAGCUGCCUCUUACCACCGAGAAACUCUACAAUGCAGCGUUGAGCCCUUGAAGAAGAAUAUAGAACGAGUUGAAAAAGUGCUAGCUCUGCAAGGCAGCAAGGCAGCGGAGCUUAAAAAGCAGGUAGAAUAUAGGAGAGAAGAAAUCAAUUCUGAAUUUGAGGAAAUUAGACUGUUUUUACAGAAUGAGCAGGAGACUGUUCUUAGGUACAAGAUGAAGAGAUGGACAUUUUAACAAAACUAAAUGAAAACCUUUUCACAUGAUGUUUCCACAGUAAAGCAUCUUCUGAAGGAGACAAAGGGCAUGUGUGCAGUCAGACACGGAAUUACUGGCCUGUGUUAAGAGUAUCCAUCUGAGUGGAUACUCUUAAGAGUAUCAAAACCUGAAAUACCCUGAAACCUUUUCAUUUAGUUUAACAAACUAUGGUUUCAGACUUCCUCCCCAGCAUUCUGGCCUGGACAGAACUAUCAAGCCAUUUCAAGUAGAUGUGAUUCUAGAUGUCGACACAGCACAUCCUCAACUCAUUGUCUCUGAGGAUAGAAAAGCUGUGCGGUAUGGAAGAACAAAACAAAAAGGUGGUUGUAACGCCAGGAGAUUCGCUCUUUGCCCUGCUGUCCUGGGGUCUGGGGGGUUUGGUUCUGGCAGACACUGCUGGGAGGCAGAAGUGGGGAGGAAGCCCAAGUCGAUCCUGGGCGUGUGUCACAAGGGUGUCGCCAGGAGCUGGCAGGACCAGCCGCCGGUUCUGGCUGGGUUCUGGGCAGUUGGGCUGUGCGUGUGUGGUGGCUACGUCGCGUCCGGCCUUGGGAGAGUCCACCUGCUGCCCACAGUAAGGCCCAGUAAGAUGGGCGUUUUUCUGGACUGUGAGUUGGGCAAGGUCUCCUUUUAUAUGAAUGAUCGGUCUGUUCUCUGUGCUUUUAAUGAUUCUUUCAGAGAAGCUGUUUGGCCUUAUUUCUAUACUGGAACAGAUUCAGAACCUCUUAAAAUCUGCUCAUUAUCAGAUUCCAAAAGAUAAAGAACUUGGUAAAUGAACCUGUUUCAGUUUUUAUGGGCAACUUUGCCAGUAAUUUAAGUUUUACCACUGAAAUCCAGAAUCGAUUUUUCUCCUUCAUUGUUAGCAACUGUAAAGCAUGCUCACAAUACCCCUUUCAUAGAUAUGAAUGUCACUUGUCAAGUGAUUUGCAUUUUAAGAAAAAAUAUUUUAAUAUAAAAUAUUUGUUGAGAAUUAUAUUACUUAACAUGUCCGAUGAAAUUUUGAAAUGGCCAAUAAAUUGUUUCUUUUAUUUA